AUGACUUGCACACGUUCCCAGAAGCGAAAGGCUGAGGAGUCUGAGCCUCAAGACCACGCCCCUACCUCUACCGGUCGCCCCACCAAGAUUGUUCUCGUCAAUGGCGUCAGGGGCGGCAAACGCCCUAAGGUAGCCCGCGAUGAUGACGAUCGACUCACUGUGCCAGCACCACCAGCACCACCAGCUACGGUGUACCGCCACAGCAAGCUGAAAAAGAUUAUCAUUCGCAACAAGAGCUCAACGAAUCAUUCCAUGUACCCCAUGGUGAUUCCAGUCGUCUUUCGUGGUGUCCAGGCCCAAGAACCUGAUGAAAAGCCCAUCCCGUUCAACUUUCGCUGUGUAAUUCGCUCAAAGUGUCCUGACCCCGAGCAGGGUAUCCCGCCCACUCAGCAGCCGGCCCCUGGUGCAGUCGAGAAGAAGAGGAUAGCCCCAAAGCUGGUGAAGGCAGGAGAGGUAUGA